CUACUCUAUGCUGAUCAAACGCAGCUGGGAGUAGCGGCCAUAAUAUCUGGGUGGCAGGAUGAUUUGCCUCGUCUCACCCUCCCUCAUCUCCAGCAAUGCCCCACGCUCCCAGGCAAACGGAAGAUUAGACACACGAUCCACGUCACGGUAAUCGUCGCGUUUGUCCCGGCCGUCGAAUGCGUCAUACCACCAGGUGACGUCCAACUUGACGCGGUCGUUGGCUGUGGGCACUCUGUCGGUGCCCUCCGUGACGAUGCGAUACCGAUUGCCCAAUGGGGUCACAGUGAAGCCAUUGGCGGUCUGCUGCAGUGGCAAUGACGAGCCCUCCUGCCGCUGACGCAGUGUGGCGCCGCCGCCAUUGGCCACACCCACACUGACCAACACACACACACACACACACAGACAGAGAGAGAGGGAGAGCAGCAUCUUCACGCACAACGGUUGUCGUGACGGUGUCGGCUCUCACGUUUGGUCCACGGCGGGCUGUUGGCCAGGGAGCCGUCCAGGCGGCAGCAGGUCGAAGUAGCGCCGCUGGCCGCCCUCCUUGGUGUAGAACUGACCCGCCAGGACGGAAGUGUCCUCGUACACGAAGCCGUCGCCCAGACGCGUCUUGCCGACGACCCGCUCAUUGCCGACCCUGACAAACACACACACAGGCCAUCCACAGCGAUGGUGUGAGUGACAGAGUUUGCUUCUCACCGGUUUCGAGGCCGCUCUCCGAUGGGCAGCAGCUUGGGCGGGUUGGUGCUCAAGUCGAAGAAGCGGACCCCUUUGUCAUCAUCGCCCAGCAGCACCUCCAUCGGCCGCCCGUCGGGGCCUGCGCCGAUGACGUCGAACGACAGCUCCCCCGGCCUGUCGAGGGACUCGUCGACCUUCCCGUCGCCCCACACAGUGAGGCCGACCAGCCUGCGGCCACCUGGUGCCAU